UUUAUCGGGGACCCUUUUUAUUGCGGUGUUGCUUUGUUAUUCUCUCUUUGGAAGGAAGGACAAGAUAUUGGAAUUACAUUUGGAACAUUUGGAGAAAUUGAACUUAUUGGUUGAAUUAAUAUUUAUAUCCCUGCGAUGACACUAACAAAAACAGUUGAUCAAAUGACGAUUUUAAGUGGAGAUAGAUCCAAAUUAAAAGAUUUGCUUUGCAAUCGUUUGGCCGAAUGUGGUUGGCGCGACGAGGUACGUUUGCUAUUCCGUGGCAUUAUCAAGGAAAAGGGAACCAAUGUCAAAGUGGAACAAUUAAUCACAGAGGUUACCCCCAAAGCUAGAGCCCUCGUUCCUGAUGCCGUUAAAAAAGAACUGCUUAUGAAAAUCAAAGCCAUUCUGGCCGCCCAAGAAGGCAUAGAUUUAUAAUAAUAAUUAAGACGCCCAUAAGAAUUUCUCAAUAUUUUUAGCAAAAUAAAUUAUGUAUAUUUUUAUUUAAAAA